GCAACACCACUGCUUCUAUGUCCGAUAAUCACGUGGAGCACUUCGAAUGCGUACGUAGCAUUAGACCCGUAGGAGGCCCGCUGAUGCCCGUGGCCUCGUGGCGUGCCGACACCCAUCAACCAAACGAUCGUGCGUCCCCCUCUGGCCUACGUUUGUGUUGUCACCUUCCUCCUCUCUGUCCCCGCCACGUAGGUUCAAGGCUACUCCGACCGACAUCAUCAUGGCCAACAGGCAACGAGGACGAGGCCGUCGUGCUGCUGGUGGUCGUGGUGGUGCUUCGACGUCUUCUGCGGAUGACCACGGUGAUGAUCCGGCAAGCGCAACAAACAUCGGCGAGGUCUUGGCUUCGCACUGCGUGAAGGAGUGGGACGUGCCACUAAAGAACAUCACGUUGGCCGAGAACAGCAGGCAAACCAGCCCGACCGCGGUGCAGGAAGUCGUCGAGAGCAUCCAAUCUCAUGGAUGGGUGGAUAGCUUUCCGCGAGUGAUGUUCUCGGAUCUGACAGAAGGGCAAGAGAUGACCGUCGAGCUCGCGGCUACGCUACGUGCCGUCGUCAUCGAUGGAAAUCAUCGCUUGGCUGCCUGCAAGGAGGUGUACGGAGAAGAUCGGCUCAUCAGGUGCACGUGCUACCGGUUCAUCGCGGAUGGCUUCGCCAGGCAAAUCGCCUCUGACGUGUGCAACGUCACGACGGCCACGUUCCAAGCGCGGACAAUCUACGACCAGCUCUAUUUCUACAAUAGGAUGAUGACGUCGCUGAUGGCCCAGGAGAGCGAGUCAUCAUCAGCUCGCCGGCGGCCUUCUAAUAGUCGUUCGAAACCGUCUGUCACCGCGGCUAAGCUAGCGACAUGCUGGAAGGGGGCUGGUAGCCAGGCACCGGCAGCCAACACCCUGCGCCAGUGGAUUUCUAUCGUCAACGACACGAGCCAGGGAGCACUGGUGGCGCUUCGUGCUCUGACGGAUCAACGCGUUCCAGGUUACCAAAGCAUCACCAAGGCCUUCCUGGCCGACCCCCGCGUGCGGGAGUUGAGAGAAGGGCAGCCGCAAACCCAGGCCCUCCUUGUCGACAUUUACGCGAGGAUGCCGAAGACGUCCAAGAAAGGAGAGCGCGAGGGGUUGGACGAGAUAGGCUGGGCGUUGGCUGGGGCGAAGAUGACGGCGUCUUGGGUCGAGGGUAUUGAGCACGUAGUGCCCAGGGACCAAUGGUCAGACAAGCUGAAGGGGACCGUCCGCGACUUCGCGUUCGUGAAGACCGGCCACUACGCUAACUACGUCAAGCCACACCAACUUGAGAGGGAGGCGGAGGUACGCGAGCUCCGCGAGUCGCUUCCUCCGCACGUCAAGGACCUCGACGAAGAUGUAGUGCUGGCCAUUCGCUCGAAGCUACAUCCCAGCAUCAGGAAGGUCAUGCACGAAGACCUCAACUUUCGCCCGAUGCUCGUCGAGCACGAGGGGCUGUACGAAAGCGCUUUGAACAAGCCGCCGGAAGAGCUAGGCGUUCGUGUCGCUCUCUUCGCCCUCGAUGCCCAGCGCUACAAGGUGGGCGCUUCCGACCUUCCCGUGUGGGGGGAGUACAUCGUGUACGAUUCGCGCGAGGAGGCCUAUGCUUCGAUUCAACCCGACGACGACGACCAAAACCUCCAGUACGUGCGACUCCUUCACGUCGCUGACACCCAACUGCUAAGGCGGAUGUGCAAGGAGGCCGAAGAGAGCGUCGUGUCCGACGACGCUGGUCUUUAUCUUAGGGUUGCCAAAUCUUGCCCGGCGUUCUACGCCUUGUGGGAUGAAUCUGAAGAUAACGUUGGGACCCACGAGGUUCGGAACAGGUGUGCACGAACUGACUCGACGAGCAACCUGGUUGCGAAGUUCAGGGGAACCGGUUCUACUGAGUUCCCUGUGUUCCUAAAGGUGUGCCAGGAAAUUGCUGCCAAGAACCGGGGUCCAGUGGUACAGGUCCAACCAGGCUUGUCUGUCGUUCGUCCUGGAUGGUACCAAUCGCCGGAAACGGAAUCAUCCAGCAACGACGAGGGCGGGAGUCCCUAGAGCUUGUUGUUCAGAGAAGUCGACU